UAUAUAUUUAUAUUCGUUUCAGGUAGUUUUAGAAAAACGCUUUGUAACAAUUGUAAUUUAAAAUUAACAACACCCAAGUUUGUUAACGUAUAUUUUCAUAAUCUCAUCUCGUACGACGGACAUUUUUUAGUCAAAGCCCUUGGAAGAGAUACUAGUAGAAUAAGUGUAAUACCUGUUACAGAAGAAAAAUAUAUUUCUUUUUCAAAGUUUGUUUCAAACAAAUUUUCGCUAAGGUUCAACGAUACAUUUCGUUUCAUGGGUACUAGUUUAGCGGCUCUUGCUGAAAAUUUGCACGCCACUGACAUAAAAGUAUUCGGAGAAACAGCAAAAACGUUUUCAGCGAACGGUGACAUUGAUUUAGUGACCCGUAAAGGCGUGUACCCGUAUUCAUACACCUCCAGCUGGGAUGUACUUAAAGAAAAACAAUUGCCGUCAAAAGCCUAUUUUUAUAAUGAACUGUCAGAAACGCAUAUUGAUGAUGCCGAAUACAAACACGCACAAAACGUUUGGCAACAUUUUAAUUGUAAAACGCUCGGUGAGUACUCUGAUCUGUAUCUGAAAACUGACGUAACAAUACUUGCGGACGUUUUUACGAAUUUUCGCAAGUUAUGUCUACUAAAAUAUAAAUUGGAACCGGCAUAUUAUUUUACGAGCCUCGGUCUGUUUUUUGAUGCUAUGCUGCUGCAUACGGGCGUUUCAUUAGACCUCAUGAGCGAUUAUGAACCGCAACUCUUUAUUGAGAGAGGAAUACGGGGAGGAAUGACAACUUCGGUGUUGAAACAUGCCAUAGCCAACAAUGAAAAGACGCCUCAUUAUGAUAUCAAACAACAAAAAUCUGAAAUUAUAUAUUUGGAUAUCAAUAAUUUGUAUGGUUGGAGUAUGUCUCAACAUAUGCCAUGUGGUGGCUUUAAAUGAUUAGACGUGGACGACGAAACAAAAAUUUUAAAGACAGUGUUGUAAUAGGCCCUUCACACAACCUAACAAAAUGUUUUUCUGUUAUUCUUUCAUCUUCUACCCACACACCAAUAAAUUACAAAACACAAUCAACACUUUCUAUCACUGACUGCAGAUACACACACAACUCACACAAUCACGCCAUGCACACACAUCCGUUCCUUCCCAACAUGUACAACCCCGUAGUUUUACAAAAUCCUUCUACAAUGUCAGCAAAAUAGCAACAAAGAAUCUAAAUAAAUGUAAGGCCGAUGGUCAUGUACGUGUCUGGAAGGGGACUUUGGAAGGACACCAAAGGACUCCAUGGGAUCGUCUGACACGGCCUGUUUCGAUCGUACUCCGGAACGAACACAUCCAGUUUUAUAAGUAAACUCCGCAUUUUUCUCUGUAUCGUUUAUAUAAUAUUGACAAUAUUUGAAUUAGUGUGUACAAAUAUUUUAUUUAAGUUUCAUGUACUAUUUCUUUUACCAUAUGAAUCACUUUUGUGUAUUUUGUGUAAUAAGUGACAAUAAUUAUAUCAUUUGAUAAUUGACAUCAACUUGUUUUGUGUUGAAAUUAUUAUUACAUAAAUCCUGUCUUCGGCAUUAAGGAUAACAUAAAUAUUCAGGUAACACUAUUUGAACUCAACCUGCAUGCUUUAUUUUACAACGGUAGACCCUCGAUCCAUACGCCCGAGUGAAGAGUCAGAUCCCGCGUAUUUCCCCAUUCAUUUCAAUCCUAAAUGCCCCCCUUUCCCUUUUUUAUUUUUGAGUUACGACAACAGUGGAAGAGUUACCUGCGGAUUCUCCUGUAGGAAUGGCCCUUGAAGUGACGGUGUCGUACCCGAAAGAGUUACAUAAUGCCCACAACGAAAUGCCGUUUCUACCUGAACGAAAAUGUCCGCCUUAUUCACGGGUCAAAAAACUGUUGUUUACUUUCGAUCGGAAAGAAAACUAUGUCGUACAUUAUCUAAAUUUAAAACAGGCUAUGGCGAACGGAUUAAAAGUAGAAAAGGUGUAUAAGGUGUUACAAUUUAAGCAGUCUGCAUGGCUAUCAAAAUAUAUACAACUUAACACGGAGAUGAGACAGAAAGCCAAAAAUUAUUUCGAAAAAGACUUUUUUAAAUUAAUGAACAACGCUGUUUUUGGUAAAAUGAUGGAACGUGUACAAUUUAGAACGCAAAUGGAAUUGGUCAAUAAUCCUAAACGAGCGGCUAAAUUAAUUAGAAAGCAUAAUUUCAAACAUUGUACAACGUACAGUGAAAAUUUAUCGGCGUUUGUAUUGGAAAAUAAAAUUAUCGAUUUUUGUAAACCAGUAUACGUAGGUUUCGCAAUUUUAGAAAUUAGUAAAACUCUCGUAUACGAUUUCCAUUACAACGUAAUGAAGAAAUAUUUCAAAGACUAUUAUACGGUGACACAGAUUCAUUAGUGUACUUUAUCGUGGGUGAUGACUUUUACGCGUUGGCAAAGAAAAAUCCUGAUCUAAUGGCUAGACUUGACACUUCAGGUUUGCCGAGCAGUCACCCGAGUUAUUCAAACGCUAACAAGAAGGUGCCUGGUUUGUGGAGUGACGAAGCGCCGGAGAAAUCUAUAUUAGAGUUUAUUAGUCUCAGACCGAAAAUUUAUGGUUUUGAUUUGGAGGGUAAAGUAAAAAUUAAGGCGAAAGGGAUACGUGGUCACGUUGUGAAAAAUUAUUUGACAGUCGAGGACCUAAAACGGUAUUUGUAUGCUGAAGAGGAGCCUGCAGUAAGUGAAGCUCAUGCAACAGCAUAUGGUGCAAUGGUUGUAAACAACAUUCAUGAGAGAGCCAUGGACUUGUCCUAUUAUUUUUUAUAUUGUCCUAUUAUUAUUUUAGUAUUAUUUUUUAGGAAUGAAGACAACAUUGAAA